UGGAUUGCAUAUAAAGAAGGCAUUGCGUUGAUGAAAAUGGGAAUACGAAUAUGGUUUUGUAUGUUUUUAUUAGCUCAUUGCGUACCCAUGACAUCAUGUACAUCUUUCACAGGAACAAUUUUGUAUUCAACCAACACUGCAAUUAUGGAGUUUGAUAUUGAUACACACAAUGUAAAUGUACUUGUGGAGCAGAGCGAUACUGUGUUCGCCAUGGACUAUGAUUACAAAAACAGAUUCAUAUAUUUUCCGAGAUACAAUACCCAUGACAUCGUUCGAUUUGCAUAUCCGUCAAAGAAUAGAACAUUACAAAGAGUUAUCCAGUCAUUAUCAUAUCCAUCAGGAAUAGCAGUUGAUUCAACUAAUGAUCAUAUCUACUGGGUUGCUGAUUUUGCACUGACCCUCUUAAGAUGCAAUAUGGAUGGAAGCAAUGUGAUUGUGUUAUCAACUCUAAGUUAUCCUUUUGUGAUACGACUAGAUCUUACAAACAGAUGGAUGUAUAUAGUUGAGAGAGAUAUAGGAAUAUUGAAGUCUAGAUUUGAUUUAACUGAAAAAGAGACGAUGGUUAACUUUGUAUCACCAACUGUGUAUUGCAUGGACAUAGACACUGCCGAACAAAGACUGUAUUGGAUAAGACAUGACAAUGGUGACAUGAAAUCAGCUACAUUUAAUGGAUCUGAUGUAAAAACAAUUCUUUCGACAAAUUCUGCUAACAACACAUAUGCUAUUGGUGUCCUUGGAAGCAAUGUUUUUUAUGCUGAUAAUAAACAAUUAUUAAUGGUGGCUAAAACAUCAGGAUCCACACCGACUGUUCUGUAUAACGAUACCAGCAGGAUUUACAGUAUAUUUGUGUUUAAUCAGACAGGUAUGUAAAUAAUUAUUUCUAAAAAAAUGUUUUACAAAAAGCUAUUUCAUGAAGAGACGUAUUUUAUUGUAUAAUAUUUAUAAAAUAGUAUUAAUUAUGAUACAACUAUAUCAAUAAUUGCAUACAUUUGUUAUAAUUUUACACUUUCCUAGUCUUUUAAAUCCGAAUAUAUGCAAUGUAGGUGGGUGUAUAAUGGAAGA